CCAAAAAAUCUAAGGUUUGUUAGCCUCUUUUUACAUUUCAGGUAUAUUCAGUUUACUAAUGUGAAGAUACAAAAAACUUGAAGAAGGAUUAUGGCUAUGGCAUCGACGGAGAGAGUGAUUCUUGGUUCAAUCGCUUUUGCAAUAUUUUGGAUAUUGGCAGUUUUUCCUGCUGUCCCAUUUAUGCCUAUUGGAAGGACUGCAGGAUCACUACUUGGUGCUAAUCUAAUCGUAAUAUUUCGAGUAUUGACACCAGAUGAAGCAUAUGCUGCUAUUGAUCUUCCAAUUUUAGGACUUCUCUUUGGAACAAUGGUUGUGAGUAUUUAUUUAGAAAGAGCUGAUAUGUUUAAGUACUUGGGAAAAUUAUUGGCUUGGAAAAGCAGGGGAGCUAAGGAUUUACUCUGUAGAAUCUGUUUGGUUUCUGCAAUUUCAAGUGCUUUUUUCACUAAUGAUACUAGUUGUGUUGUGUUAACUGAAUUUGUGCUGAAAAUUGCUAGGCAACAAAAUCUCCCACCUCAUCCGUUCCUUUUAGCUCUCGCGUCUAGUGCAAAUAUUGGAUCUGCAGCAACUCCUAUUGGGAAUCCUCAGAACUAAGUUAUAGCAAUAUUGAGCAAGAUCACGUUCGGGAGGUUUUUAUUUGGUAUAUUUCCUGCAAUGUUUGUUGGAGUUGUUGUUAAUACUGUAUUGUUGCUUUGCAUGUAUUGGAAUGUGUUGUCUGUUCAGAAGGAUGUCGAAAAUGCUGAAGUAGAAUUAGUUUUGGAUGAAGAAGUAGUCUCUCAUCGUUUUGCGCCAGCAACGAUGUCACAUGUUGUUAAUUCGUUACAUUCUCAAGAUCAGUUUAGUGGAAACGAAAUCAUGAAGGAUCCAAACGGGGUGUUUGAUUCUUCUAGGAAUUUUAAUGCCUCGAGAGAAGCAGCAAAUGAUCAUGGAUCACUUCAAAUGAGGGACAAGAAUGUAUCUUUGAAGAUUGUCGAUGAAUGUGAAGAUCAAAACUUCACAUCUUGUGAGGAAAAGCAGUUUUCCGAAAAAUGGAGAAGAUUGUUAUGGAAAAUAUGUGUUUAUCUUGUUACAAUUGGGAUGUUAAUAUCUUUAUUGAUGGGUUUGAAUAUGUCAUGGACUGCCAUCACAGCAGCACUUGCUCUUGUGGUUGUUGAUUUCAAAGAUGCUAGAGAAUGCUUAGAAAAGGUAUCGUAUUCGCUGUUGAUAUUCUUCUGUGGUAUGUUUAUCACAGUAGAUGGAUUUAACAGAACAGGGAUUCCAAGUGCUUUCUGGGAUUUUAUGGAACCAUAUGCCAAGAUAGAUCAUGCUGAUGGUGUAGCAGUUCUUGCUGUUGUCAUACUUGUCCUCUCAAAUUUGGCUUCUAAUGUGCCUACCGUUCUAUUGCUGGGAGUUCGGGUAGGUGCAUCAGCUGCUGCUAUAUCUGCAGCAAGUGAGAAGAAAGCAUGGCUCAUCUUAGCCUGGGUUAGUACUGUGGCUGGCAACCUUUCACUAUUAGGGUCAGCAGCAAACUUGAUAGUAUGUGAACAAGCUCGUCGCGCUCAACCUUCGGGGUACAAUCUCUCAUUCUGGACUCAUCUCAAAUUUGGAGUUCCCUCUACUAUAAUUGUUAUAGCUAUUGGUUUGACACUCAUAGGAGAUUGAAAUUAAGUUUGUAUUAAUAGCUUCACAAUGAUUGUCGAUAGGAGUUAGUUUACCUUGUGUAUUCUGUUCUCACCAACCACAUGUUGUAAACAAGUGCAGCU